CCCGCGACGCCAUGUGGUGUACGUCAUUAGCCUGAGACCAUAUUCAGAGACUUCCGAGAUCGAUCGAUGCUGGCAAAAAACAAACCGACAUAGCAGAGAAGUAUAGCCCUUCUUUGUCAAACUCCUGGUCAGUUAUGGUAUGGAGAACCCGAGUAGGGUGAAUGAAGUCUGGGGACCGACCGAGACGAAGAGGAUCAGCGCGUGCAGGAGGACGCACCCACGGACAGCUGUCUGACAGAACCGGACGGACUCCGCUGGAUCGGCUGCGCUGCUUCCUCCGAACCGUCUACCGGCUCCCGGUGUCCCUGCUGCGAGCUCUCCUGCUGCUCCUCUGUUGGCUGUCCCGGCCGAUCCGCCUAACCAUGGCGGCCAGAGCCAAAGAUCACGGGUCCGAGGACUGUGAGGAAACCGCAGAGCUGAUCCGAAACUACCACAAACAAGCGUUUGAGUUCAUUUCUCUGGCUCUGCAGAUCGAUGAGGAUGAGAAAGGUGAUAAGAAGCAGGCGGUGCAGUGGUACAGAAAAGGCAUCGCUGAACUGGAGAAAGGCAUCUGUAUCCAGGUCACUGGAGCUGGUGAGAAGGCAGAAAGAGCCAGAAAGCUUCAGAACAAAAUGACCAGCAACCUCACCAUGGCCCAAGACCGGCUGGAGCUUCUGGGCGAACUGCUUUCAAAGUCCCCAGCAGAGGGCUGUUCUGAUCACACUGGCCUGUCUUUCUCCAAUGGGAACCUGCGUCCAGGCAGUGGAGCAGUUUCCAAAAAGAAGGACACUCUCACAAUCACAAGUCAAGCCCAUCCGCGGCCCAAAAACACACCCAAAUCUGCGUCCGCGGCUGCCCUGCACCGCACAUCUACAACCGGUCACAGCAGCAGGACCGGCCCUCAGAACAACCUGAAGGGGCCUUCGGGAAGAGGCGGUAACAGACAUAACGUUAGAGCCAGCAACACCGCCACUGCGUCACCUCAGAGGAAGAGAGACAUGAAGAACUUGAACUUGAAAAAUGUAGACAGCAAACUGGCCAGCCUCAUCCUCAAUGAGAUUGUAGAUGGCGGGGCUGCUGUGCAGUUUGAGGACAUAGCAGGGCAGGAAUUGGCAAAACAGGCUCUGCAGGAAAUCGUUAUCCUGCCUGCUCUUCGUCCAGAGCUGUUUACUGGUCUCAGGGCUCCUGCUAGAGGGCUCCUGCUCUUCGGCCCCCCUGGAAAUGGGAAGACCAUGCUGGCGAAAGCUGUUGCAAUGGAAUCUAACGCUACGUUUUUCAACAUCAGUGCUGCCAGUCUCACCUCCAAAUAUGUGGGAGAGGGCGAGAAACUGGUUCGAGCUUUGUUUGCGGUUGCUAGGGAACUGCAGCCGUCAAUCAUCUUCAUCGAUGAGAUCGACAGUCUGCUCUGUGAGAGGAGAGAGGGCGAGCAUGACGCCAGCAGAAGACUCAAAACAGAGUUCCUCCUCCAGUUUGAUGGAGUGCAGUCAGGCGGAGAUGAUGACCGUGUGUUAGUGAUGGGAGCCACUAACAGGCCUCAGGAGCUUGAUGAGGCAGUUCUUCGGCGAUUCGCUAAACGCAUUUAUGUGGCUUUACCUACAGAGGAGACUCGUUUGAAGCUGCUCAAGAACCUCCUCAGCAAACACAGAAACACUUUAUCUCUGAAAGAGCUGAGUCAGUUAGCCAGGAUGACUGAGGGUUACUCCGGCAGUGAUCUGACCUCGCUGGCUAAAGACGCUGCUCUUGGUCCUAUACGGGAACUGAGGCCUGAACAAGUGAGGAACAUUCCAGCCAGUGAGAUGAGGGACAUCCGUUUCUCUGAUUUUGUGGAUUCACUCAAGAGGAUAAAGCGGAGCGUCAGUCCUCAGACGCUGGAUCAGUACGUCCGCUGGAACAAACAGUACGGAGACACAACCGCUAUAUGACACCGACACGCUCUAUGCAAGGACGAUGUGGAAUUAAAAUCUUGGGAGGGAAUUUGUAUCGUUUUGUCUCUUCUAUGACUUUGCUUUUGCCUCGGAUCUGGUCUUUGUAGCUCAGGUGGAGAUUUUCUUUGACUCAAAUACACCCAGAGCUCAAGACGAUGUGGACCGCAUAGCGAGACAAGACUUUUCUACAAAGCCAAGAAGCAUUUUCCUUUAAUUCAGCACCUUGAUUGCUGUGGAUGAUAAAGCACUUGGCGUCUGUGGCGUUUGUGUGCUCUAGGUGCAGAUGCAUUUGUUCCUCUCUUAUCUAGAUAAAGUGAAUGGGAAAUGAUGUGUGCAAUUUACACU